AUGAAUCAACUUCAGCUACCAAAAUUAAACUAUGCUUUUGACUCUUUAGAACCCUAUAUAUCAGCGGAAAUUAUGCAAAUUCACUAUCUCAAACACCACCAAGCGUACAUUGACAACUAUAAUGCUGCUAUGGAGGAUUUGAGUAAAGCAAGGGUUAAAGGUGACACCAAACAAAUAGUUACACUACAACAAAAUAUAAGAUUUAAUGGAGGUGGAUACAUUAAUCAUGUAUUAUUUUGGGAAAGUUUAUCUCCGGUUGCUACAGGUGGCGGUGAAAAACCAACCGAUAAAUCAUCCUUGGGAAGGCAAAUUAUUGUUCAGUAUGAAUCAGUUGAUAAGUUAAUAGAAAUUACAACUGAAAAAUUGGUAUCAAUUCAAGGUUCGGGAUGGGCGUGGAUUGUCAAAGAUACACAGAAUGGUGGCAAAUUAGAUGUAGUAACAACUGUAAAUCAAGAUAUUGUUCUUCCGCCAUUAGUCCCCCUAAUUGGUAUUGAUGCUUGGGAACAUUCUUAUUAUUUACAAUAUCAAAAUGUUAAACGUGAAUAUUUUGACGCUAUGUGGAAUGUUGUGAACUGGAAGGAAGCUGAAAGGAAAUUUAAUGAAAACUAA